AUGGACUCACCCCGCGCGCGCUACCUCGUGUUCUUCCAGUACGUGGGGACCGCCUUUAGUGGGGUCAUGGCUAUCAAACGGCCGGGGCAGAGGGUCGGAGUCCAGAAUUUUCUAGAGAGGGCUGCAGAGCGGCUGAACUCCAUCACACCGGUCAAGUUCAGCAUCUCCAGCCGAACGGACGCCGGCGUCCAUGCCCUCGAGAACUCUGCCCAUUGCGAUGUUCAGCGCCUGACGGGCCGGCCCCCCUUCUCACCCGAUGUCCUCACGACAGCCCUCAAUAGCCACCUCGAUCACCCUGACAUCAGGGUGAUCCGGGCUUUUCGGGCUCCUGAUGACUUCCACGCUCGCUUUGAAGCCACGUCCCGGACCUACCUGUACCGACUGGUAACUGGCUGCUCUGUGGACAUGCUGCCUGUGUUUGACCGGAACCUGUGCUGGCCACUGAGGGCUGACCACCUGGAUGUGGCAGCCAUGCAGGAGGCUGCCCAGCAUCUCCAGGGCACCCACGACUUCCGGGCCUUUAGGUCAGCAAGUGAUAAUGACUGGCAAAACUCCGUGAAGACACUGAUCCGGGCCUCUGUGGGCCCUGCGCGGGCCAGCCCCUUCACCCAUCCCCAGGAGAAGAGGAAGCUGCAGUUUUGGGACCUGGAGUUUGAGAGCAAGUCCUUCCUGUACAAACAGGUGCGGAGGAUGACGGCGUGCCUGGUGGCCGUGGGCCUGGGGGCCUCGACGCCGCGGCAGGUGAAGGAGAAGCUGGAGAGUGGGGACCCCGGGAGAGGCCCCGGCCUCCUGGUGGCCCCCGCGCAGGGCCUGUUCCUCAAGACCGUGCAGUACGCCGGCCUCGACUGGGCCCCCGGUGAGGCUUGCUACAAUCGCCCGUCUGUCUCCGGAGGCCGGAGCCCAGGACACGUGCCAGAAGGGCCUGAGCUCUGACUGGGUCCAAGAAGGGAAACCGAGCGGAUCGGAGCCCCCCCAGCCCCCGGGUCCCGCCUGCCCAUGGCCCUGAAUGACACGGGAAGCGCCUUGUCGGCCGAGCUCCAGGGCCACCGUCUG